AUGUCCGGUGAAGAUGAUGUAUUGAGUAUUGAAAAAUCAACAUUCAAAAUAAUUGAUGAUGAAUCUAAAGAAUCAGUUAAUGUUUUUGAAGAAGUAGAACUUUCAAAACGGGAAGCACAGCGAAUGAUUAAUAGAAGUAUAAUGCACCGCCAAAUAGAUAUUGCACUGUGUCUAGCAAAGAAUGGGAAAUCAUUACGUGGCCAUAAUGAAAAUACAGACAGUGUUUCAAAGGGACUAUUUUUGGAAAUGGUUGAUUUGUUAAAAAAGUAUGAUUCAUUGUUGAGUGAACAUUUAGAAAAUGGACCUAAAUAUGCAAGUUAUAUCAGUAAUCGUAUACAAAAUGUUAUGAAACGAAACAUUUCAAUAUGUGUACGUUACUUUAAUAAAAAAGAAAACCGUCCAGUAGAACUCUUUGUUGGUGUCAAAAGAUUAUUGUCAGUUAAUGCACAGUCAGUAUAUGACUCACUAACCGAAGCAAUAGAUGAAAUUGGGAUUGAUUGGAAAAAUGUGAUUGCUGUAUGCUUUGAUGGGGCAGCUACCAUGGCUGGUAGUUGUAAUGGAGUACAAGCUAAAAUCAUAGAAAAUAAACACCAGCAUAUAUUAUGUCCAUCGUUAUGGCCAUUGCCUCAAUCUAAUCUUGCUAGUCCAGUGCGUCUUGCUAUUUUAGAACGCAUUUCAAAAGAAAUUAACUUAAAACUUAAAAGUCUUAAAACACUAUCUACUACCAGAUGGGCUUGUAGAUCGGAAGCCAUCGAAGCUGUAAAAAACAAUUAUUCAGCAUUACUACUUUGUUUAAAGGAAAUUUCAAAUAAAACAAAUUUAUCUGAAGUUAGAGCCAAAGCUAAAGGUCUCAUUUUUCAAAUGAAAACUUUUGAUUUUAUUUUUGCUAUGCAUACAAUAAGCCCAGUUUUAAUUAUGAUCCAAAAAGUGAGUGCCAGUUUACAAUCACCAAACUUAGAUUUGUUAUCUGCAGUAUCUCUAGUGUAG